AUGCAGGUAGAGAGAGAGCUGUGGUGUGGAGCGAGUGAGGGAGGCAGCAUCCUGCCCUGUGGUCCAUGUGGUGUGGAGCGAGUGAGGGAGGCAGCAUCCUGCCCUGUGGUCCAUGUGGUGUGGAGCGAGUGAGGGAGGCAGCAUCCUGCCCUGUGGUCCAUGUGGUGUGGAGCGAGUGAGGGAGGCAGCAUCCUGCCCUGUGGUCCAUGUGGUGUGGAGCGAGGGAGGGAGGCAGCAUCCUGCCCUGUGGUCCAUUUGGUGUGGAGUGAGUGAGGGAGGCAGCAUCCUGCCCUGUGGUCCAUCAUGUGGUCCAGGAGUUCAGGUGUUAAUGGGAAUUGAUGCGUCUCAUUACCCAGUCCCUGAGCCCCUCUGCUGCGGAGAGAAAGGAGAAGAGAGGGGGGUCGGUCCCUGGAGAGGUGGAGGGGAAGAGGAGGAAGGGAGGAUGAAAACUGAAUGAUUUGAAUUGUGUGAUGAGAGGAGAGGUGCCAGGAAUCAUAAUUCCAUCCUCUGCCGUUCUGCCUCCUCUAACACCCCUCCUCACCCCCCCCCCCCCCCCUCGCUCUCUCUCUCCCUUUCUCUCUCUCCUUCUCUCUCUCUCUCUCCCUUUCUCUCUAUCUCUCCAUCCAUCCCUCUCUCUCUCUCUCUCUCUCUCCCUUUUUCUUUCUCUCUCUCUCUCUCUCUCUCUCACUCUCUCUUUCUCUCUCUCUCCCUUACUCCCCCUCCCUCUCCCUCCUUCUCUCUCUGUCUCCAGCUGCAGUGCAGAGAUUGUAGCGGUGGAGGCCCCCGUCAGGCUGUCAGGUGACCAGGACGACAGCACUAACAUCGCUCCCCCACCAGAUUGUCAAUCCUCCCCCGUCUCCAUGACAACCGCGGCGGCCUGUGGAGAGGAGGCUUGCGACGAGCCUGCAGCAGCAGGAGGAGAGGAACUAGCUGCAGAAUGCGUAAGGAGAAUCCCCCCCCCCCCCCCUCUCUCUCUCUCUCUCUCUUUCUCUCUCCUUCACCACAUCUUUAUUCAUUUUCAUUUUUGAACCCUCUCUCUCUUUUACUCUGUCUGUCUCUCACUCAAUAUGCUGGAGACAGUGGUGGGCUGUAGCACGCACACAGACAGGCGCAUGUGAGGAUGGUUAGGGCAGAACAGAACAGAGGGACUGCGUAUCCAGGCAGGCAGGCAGCAGGCUGCAGGCUGCAGACACACACACACAGAGCCAGGCAGAGGUCUGUGAUGAGCCACUGACAACCGCAGGCAGGCAGGCAGGCAUGCAUCUACAGCCUCAGCGUCUUCCUCCCAGCCCAGCUCUGCGUCUGCCUGGGAACAGGACUCAGCAGAGAGGGAGGAUUAAAGAGCAGGUUCAUGGUGGUAACUGACGGGGCUUCUUCAUCUCAUCUGUGUGCUGUGCUGCUUGGCUUGCUCAGCUGUCUGUCCUCCUGUCCUCUCUGUGUGAAACGCAGCUACCCAGCUGCUAGCCGUCUGUCGGUAGCUGUCGGUGCAUUGUGUUAAUUUGUGCAAUAAUCCGACCAACACGUCUCUGCCUCUGCUGGGGUUGAGGUUACAGCAUCAAGCAUCACGUAUCGACAACCAGGGUAGUUGGGUUUAUGGCCGACAGUCCGUCAUGUGUUUUGUAUGAGGAAGGAUGCUAUAGGUGAGAACGAACGCUAACGUCAUAUAUUCCACCAUUGCUUUUUGCUCAUAGCUCAGUCAUUGUUGCUGUUGCAUGCACCGGCUUAUUUAAUGCAUGGAGAAUGGCAGUGCAUUUUUCUAGUCAUGGCCAUUCAUUAAUACCCCCAUCCAACCGCGUCAUUAAUUAUUCUGUGUGAUACCUGAGCCCUAGCUACGUGUCUUAUUUCCCGUCCUUGUCUUGUUGGAUAGGACAACAUACCACAAUGCCCUUCGUUUUCAGCCACGGUCAUGUUGUUUAACAUGCGUAGGUCUGCAGCUAUCUGUUGUUUUUCAAGCUGAUGCUAGGAACCACAGAGUCUAAACUUUAGCAGUUUGGGGGCCGAUCGAUGAUGACCUGUCAAUCAAUGAGCUGCUGUCAUUCAGCUCUGUCGAUCACUAAUGAUGCUGAAUGAGCAUCUGUAGAGGGGUGAGGAGUCAGGGGGUCACCCUGUCAGUCUGAUGACCUUUCACCUGAUCUUUAGUUCCAUGAUGAGGCCCACCAAGAUGUAUGCAGGAAUAAUUUGACCGACACCAAAGCAAUCAAUGCAAUCCAUCCUUGAACAGCACCUAGCAUUGGUGCCAUUGUGUCAGGCUGAGAGAAACUCAUAAUAUUGUCUUGGGGUAUUUCUAAAAUCUCAAUUCCCAUUCCAUUCCAUGGCUUCCCUAGCAUCCCCAGUCCAUUCCAAGGCUUCCCAAGUCAUUCCGUGAAGGAAACAGAUAUGUGCCCUUGGUCUGUCUGUCUGAGUACGUACAACAUUGACAGCCUCUCAGAGUCAAGGGUAUCAUAUUAACAGUCUGUAUCUCAGGAUACUAAACACCAUUUCAUUAGUCAAACCUACCAGGUUCAGAAUGGAUCAAUAUCUGUUGAGAUUGAGAGGGUGAUGGCACCAUUAGCAGGACUAUUCUAUGCUACAGAGCAUGUUCUCAAUGUGUUGUACAGCCAACCCACGUCCUAUAGGCCUCUCACGUUACCAUCUCCCUCUCACUCUGUCUCUAACACUCCAUUGGCUCUUUCAGUUUCAGCCAAUAGCAGGUGACAUAUUCAGUUGAUUGACAGGUGUCUCUCCAAUCAGCAGCACUCUGGCCUGGGCUGCAGGCGCUCCAACUCGGACGCAGCCUAUGAACCGGCCAAAUCGGUAAGGGCCCAGCGCGAGUGCCGCCUCCGGCCCCACUACAGCGACCCCAUGCCGGCCGAUGCCACAAAGCGCAAACAGCUGGAGAUGAAGAUCGCUGCCGCUGCACGCCUCCACAGCCAGCGACGGGACAGGGACAGCGGUGGGUGGACUUACUGUACAUGGUGUCUUGUCUCUAUGCUGUAUCUAGUGUUGUACAAACCAAAUGUCCCUAUGGGAUGAUACGGUGAUGAGGUGUGUGUUUGAGUGUAUGAAUGAGUGGCCGCUAUUCUAAAAAGGCAUUAACAUCGCAAAAGGAAAAUAUUGGAGUCUACUUUGUGUGCGAACCUACCUACUUUGUCAUUGAACCCAACUCUAGUCCCCACAUCCCUGUCCAGCCCAUAUUGAACAUCCCUGUCCAGCCCAUAUCGUACAUCCCUGUCCAGCCCAUAUCGUACAUCCCUGUCCAGCCCAUAUCGUACAUCCCUGUCCAGCCCAUAUCGAACAUCCCUGUCCAGCCCAUAUCGAACAUCCCUGUCCAGCCCAUAUCGUACAUCCCUGUCCAGCCCAUAUCGAACAUCCCUGUCCAGCCCAUAUCGUACAUCCCUGUCCAGCCCAUAUCGUACAUCCCUGUCCAGCCCAUAUCGUACAUCCCUGUCCAGCCCAUAUCGUACAUCCCUGUCCAGCCCAUAUCGAACAUCCCUGUCCAGCCCAUAUCGAACAUCCCUGUCCAGCCCAUAUCGAACAUCCCUGUCCAGCCCAUAUCGUACAUCCCUGUCCAGCCCAUAUCGAACAUCCCUGUCCAGCCCAUAUCGUACAUCCCUGUCCAGCCCAUAUUGAACAUCCCUGUCCAGCCCAUAUCGUACAUCCCUGUCCAGCCCAUAUCGUACAUCCCUGUCCAGCCCAUAUCGUACAUCCCUGUCCAGCCCAUAUCGAACAUCCCUGUCCAGCCCAUAUCGUACAUCCCUGUCCAGCCCAUAUCGAACAUCCCUGUCCAGCCCAUAUCGUACAUCCCUGUCCAGCCCAUAUCGUACAUACAUAUCGUGGUCCUCUGUAGCUCAGCUGGUAGAGCACAGCGCUUGUAAUGCCAAGGUAGUGGGUUCGAUCCCCGGGACCACCCAUACACAAAAAAAAAAUGUAUGCACGCAUGACUGUAAGUCGCUUUGGAUAAAAGCGUCUGCUAAAUGGCAUAUUAUUAUUAUCCCUGUCCAGCCCAUAUCGUACAUCCCUGUCCAGCCCAUAUCAAAUAUCAAGUCUUACUUCAUCAUAAUCACACAUUAUCCUCAGGAAUAGUCUUUCCUAACACUAACCUCUUCGGGGGUAAUUCCCCUAAUCAAUCCUGACAACGCACCCUUCCACCCAACUACCCACACGAUUCAUUACACUCACCCUUCUCAUCCUACUUACCCUUUGGGCAGUCUUCCCAGCGGCCUUGUCUGGCACGGAGCCCAUGUUGUACAGGCACAGAGACUCUAACAAUGAGCCAGGUUAAGAAACAAACACCCAUACACACACAUGAACCCAACCUCAGGCUAUCGUGUCAUGCCACAAAUUGUAUUAUUCUUGACUGUGAAUUCUCUUACUAAAGUGCUAGCUUUACAUUAUGGACCUCACAACUGCAGUGUGAUUGUCUCUUUGCUAUUGAAACAGCUGCCUCCAGGACAGUUAAGAUCUUUCAGAGUCACUGCACUCAUAUUUAGAGCCUGAGCCCCCCUCGACUCUGUUCUCCUCCGAUUGAGUGCACUGCAGCCAGCUGAAUCAGUGUAAAGUAACUAGCUAUCGUGUGUGAUUUUUAAAUGGCAUUUUUCAGAGGCCCUUACAGUAAUUUACCCUAACAUUUUAAGAUUGGGCUUGUUUUGAAUAGUAGAAGCCUAUUUGUAGAAGCGUAUUUAGUUUUGUGUCUUUUCGAUACACACUUAGAAAAAAAGGUGCUUGUGAAAGUAUUCACCCCCCUUGGCAUUUUUCCUAUUUUGUUGCCUUACAACCUGGAAUUAAAAUGGAUUUUUGGGGGGUUUGUAUCAUUUGAUUUACACAACAUGCCUACCACUUUGAAAAUGCAAAAUAAUUUUUUUUGUGAAACAAACAUGAAAUAAGACAGAAAAACUGAAAACUUGAGCGUGCAUAACUAUUCACCCCCCCCCCCCCCCCCCCCCCCCCCCCCCCCCAAAGUCAAUACUUUGUAGAGCUACCUUUUGCAGAAAUUACAGCUGCAAGUCUCUUGGGGUAUGUCUCUAUAAGCUUGGCACAUCUAGCCACUGGCAAAACUGCUCCAGCUCCUUCAAGUUGGAUGGGUUCCGCUGGUGUACAGCAAUCUUUAAGUCAUACCACAGAUUCUCAAUUGGAUUGAGGUCUGGGCUUUGACUAGGCCAUUCCAAUACAUUUAAAUGUUUCCCCUUAAACCACUCGAGUGUUGCUUUAGCAGUAAACAUCCCACAGCAUGAUGCUGCCACCACCAUGCUUCACUGUGUGGAUGGUGUUCUCGGGGUGAUGAGAGGUGUUGGGUUUGCGCCAGACAUAGCGUUUUCCUUGAUGGCCAAAAAGCUCAAUUUUAGUCUCAUCUGACCAGAGUACCUUCUUCCAUAUGUUUGGGGAGUCUCCCACAUGCCUUUUGGCGAACACCAAACAUGUUUGCUUAUUUUCUUCUUUAAGCAAUGGCUUUUUUCUGGCCACUCUUCUGUAAAGCCCAGCUCUGUGGAGUGUACGGCAAUCUCCACUGUGGAGCUUUGGAGCUCUUUCAGGGUUAUCUUUGGUCUCUUUGUUGCCUCUCUGAUUAAUGCCCUCCUUGCCUGGUCCAUGAGUUUUGGUGGGCGGCCCUCUCUUGGCAGGUUUGUUGUGGUGCCGUAUUCUUUCCAUUUUUUAAAUAAUGGAUUUAAUGGUGCUCCGUGGGAUGUUCAAAGUUUCUGAUAUUUUUUUAUAACCCAACCCUGAUCUGUACUUCUCCACAACUUUGUCCCUGACCUGUUUGGAGAGCUCCUUGGUCUUCAUGGUGCCGCUUGCUUGGUGGUGCCCCUUGCUUAGUGGUGUUGCAGACUCUGGGGCCUUUCAGAACAGGUGUAUAUAUACUGAGAUCAUGUGACACUUAGAUUGCACACAGGUGGACUUUAUUUAACUAAUUAUGUGACUUCUGAAGGUAAUUGGUUACACCAGAUCUUAUAUACAUAUACAUACAUAUACACAUACAUACACUACCGUUCAAAAGUUUGGUGUCACUUAGAAAUGUCCUUGUUUUUGAAAGAAAAGCAAUUUUUUUGUCUAUUAAAAUCACAUCAAAUUGGUCAGAAAUACAGUGUAGACAUUGUUAAUGUUGUAAAUGGCUAUUGUAGCUGAAUACGUCAGAUUUUUUAUGGAAUAUCUACAUAGGCAUACAGAGGCCCAUUAUCAGCAGCCAUCAGUCCUGUGUUCCAAUGGAACGUUGUGUUUGCUAAUCCAAAUUUAUCAUUUUAAAAGGCUAACUGAUCAUAAAAAAUCUGCCGUUUCACAUAUAAUUCACUGUAUCACAAUUCCAGUGGGUCAGAAGUUUACAUACACUAAGUUGACUGUGCCUUUAAACAGCUUGGAAAAUUCCAGAAAAUGAUGUCAUGGCUUUAGAAGCUUCUGAUAGGCUAAUUGACAUCAUUUGAGUCAAUUGGAGGUGUACCUGUGGAUGUAUUUCAAGGCCUACCUUCAAACUCAGUGCCUCUUUGCUUGACAUCAUGGGAAAAUCUAAAGAAAUCAGCCAACACCUCAGAAAAAAGAUUGUAGACCUCCACAAGUCUGGUUCAUCCUUGGGAGCAAUUUCCAAACGCCUGAAGGUACCACGUUCAUCUGUACAAACAAUAGUAUGCAAGUAUAAACACCAUGGGACCACGCAGCCGUCAUACCGCUCAGGAAGGAGACGCGUUCUGUCUCCUAGGGAUUAACGUACUUCGGUGCGAAAAGUGCAAAUCAAUCCCACAACAACAGCAAAGGACCUUGUGAAGAUGCUGGAGGAACAGGUACAAAAGUAUCUAUAUCCACAGUAAAACGAGUCCUAUAUCAACAUAACCUGAAAGGCCGCUCAGCAAGGAAGAAGCCACUGCUCCAAAACCUGCCAUAAAAAGCCAGACUACGGUUUGCAACUGCACAUGGGGACAAAGAUUGUACUUUUUGGAGAAAUGUCCUCUGGUCUGAUGAAACAAAAAUAUAACUUUUUGGCCAUAAUGACCAUCGUUAUGUUUGGAGGAAAAAGGAGGACGCUUGCAAGCCGAAGAACACCAUCCCAACCGUGAAGCACGGGGGUGGCAGCAUCAUGCUGUGGGAGUGCUUUGCUGCAGGAGGGACUGGUGCACUUCACAAAAUAGAUGGCAUCAUGAGGAAGGAAAAUUAUGUGGCUAUAUUUAAGCAACAUCUCAAGACAUCAGUCAGGAAGUUAAAGCUUGGUCGCAAAUGGGUCUUCCAAAUGGACAAUGACCCCAAGCAUACUUCCAAAGUUCUGGCAAAAUGGGUUAAGGACAACAAAGUCAAGGUAUUGGAGUGGCCAUCACAAAGCCCUGAUCUCAAUCCUAUUGAACAUUUGUGGGCAGAACUGAAAAAGUGUGUGAAAGCAAGGAGGCCUACAAACCUGACUCAGUUACACCAGCUCUGUCAGGAGGAAUGGGCCAAAAUUCACCCAAUUUAUUAUGGGAAGCUUGUGGAAGGCUACCCAAAACGUUUGACCCAAGUUAAACAAUUUAAAGGCAAUGCUACCAAAUACUAAUUCAGUGUAUGUAAACUUCUGACCCACUGGGAAUGUGAUGAAAGAAAUAAAAGCUGAAGUAAAUCAUUCUCUCUACUAUUAUUCUGACAUUUUACAUUCUUAAAAUAAAGUGGUGAUCCUAACUGACCUAAGACAGGGAAUGUUUACUAGGAUUAAAUGUCAGGAAUUGUGAAAAACGGAGUUUAAAUGUAUUUGGCUAAGGUGUAUGUAAACUUCCGACUUCAACUGUAUAUACAUUUUAUGGACACAGUCAAUUUUACAAUAAUUAUAUUUUGUUUGUUUUUACUCCUGAACUUCCUCUACCCUCAAGCUCUCUGAUCAUUUUCAUGAUGUUCAUCUGGUUUGCUUCUAUAUGCCAUAUCUUUAGGGAAUAUGUUAGUCAAUAUGCCAUAUUGGGCUGGGGGUAGAUCAGCUUUAAUACUUCAGAUAGAUUGUAACUUCCAUCAAUGUAAUUGUCUGCAUCACUUCCAAUCCCCCAUAUGUAUUUUUUUUUUUUUUACUCAGUACUUUGUUGAAACACCUUUGGCAGCGAUUACAGCCUCAAGUCUUCUUGGGUAUGACGCUACAAGCUUGGCACACCUGUAUUUGGGGAGUUUCUCCCAUUCUUCUCUGCAGAUCCUCUCAAGCUCUGUCAGGUUGGAUGGGGAGCGUCGCUGCACAGCUAUUUUCAGGUCUCUCCAAAGAUGUUCGAUCAGGUUCAAGGUGCUUAGUGUCGUUGUCCUGUUGGAAGGUGAACCUUCGCCCCAGUCUGAGUUCCUGAGCGCUCUGGAGCAGGUUUUCAUAAAGGAUCUCUCUGUACUUUGCUCCGUUCAUCUUUCCCUCGAUCCUGACUUGUCUCCUAGUCCCUGCCACUGAAAAACAUCCCACAGUAUGAUACUGCCACCACCACGCUUCACCGUAGGGAUGCUGCCAGGUUUCCUCCAGAUGUGACGCUUGGCAUUCAGGCCAAAGAGUUCAAUCUUGGUUUCAUCAGACCAGAUAAUCUUGUUUUGUCCGGGUCUGAGAGUGCCUUUUGGUGCCUUUUUGGCAAACUCCAAGCGGGCUGUCAUGUGCCUUUUACUGAGGAGUGGCUUCCGUCUGGCCACUCUACCAUAAAAGCCCGAUUGUUGGAGUGCUGCAGAGAUGGUUGUCUUCUGGAAGGUUUUCCCAUCUCCACAGAGGAACUCUGGAGCUUCCUGACCAAGGCCCUUCCACCCCGAUUGCUCAGUUUGGCCGGGCGGCUAGCUCUAUGAAGGGUCUUGGUGGUUCCAAACUUCUGCCAUUUAGGAAUGAUGGAGGCCACAGUGUUCUUGGGGACCUUCAAUACUGCAUAAAUGUUUUGGUACCCUUCCCCAGAUCUGUGCCUCGACACGAUCCUGUCUAGGAGCGCUAAGGACAAUUCCUUCGACCUGAUGGCUUGGUUUUUGCUCUGACAUGUAUUGUAUUUAGACAGGUGUGUGUCUUUUCCAAAUAAUGUCCAAUCAAUUGAAUUUACCACAGGUGGACUCCAGUCAAGUUGUAGAAACAUCUCAAGGAUGAUCAAUGGAAACAGGAUUCCCCUGAGCUCAAUUUCGAGCCUCAUAGAAAAGGGUCUGAAUACUUAUGUAAAUAAGGUAUUUCUGUUUUUUAUUUUGAAUAAAUGUGCAAACAUUUCUAAAAACCUGUUUUCGCUUUGCCAUAAUGGGGUAUUGUGUGUAGAUUGAUGAGGAAAAAAAUAUAAUUGAAUCCAUUUUAGAAUAAGGCUGUAAUGUAACAAAAUGUGGAAAAAGGGAAGGGGUCUGAAGACUUUCCGAAUGCACUGUGUCUGACUAUGUAAUCUAUCUUUAUAAUUUAGCAUUACAACAAAGUAAUUAAUGUUCUAGGAUUGAAGGGAGGUCGGGAGGUCUCUUGUUCACUUAGUACAAAAUAAUUUGAUGCUUAUGUCCCAAAAAACAGUAUAACUAAAAGCCUACAACAGUUCACUUCUUAAUAAUUGUGUGACUAGUUUCUAACCUUUCUUCUUGUCUGUGUUUGUCCCACAGCUCCUGCCUCGGUGCGGGUCCGUUCCGAGCCCCGCGGUGUGGAGCGUCUAGGGAGUCUGGGUGUGACACGGGCUGGACAGCACCGCUGGAGCACCGUGAGCAGCCUCAGUGCCGACAGCGGCGUCGUGGGCCUGUGUGACGACCGCAACGAUGACGAUGAACCCCGGAGAGUACACCACAGCGGAGAAGCUGAGGUAGAACGGGUGGACAGCGGGAUUGGACCCUGCCUUGCUCGCGGCUGGAAGAGACCUUCUGCCUCCCUCAUGGCCUGGGAGGCCCAGAGACCCUGCCCAGACUGUGGCCAGAGAGAUGGGCAUGGGGUGGCCCGGACGGAUGGGGAGGGGACCGGGAUGUGUGAGCGCUGCUCCAAGCUGAGGACGGAGAGGAAGGAAGCUAUCUUGGAGUUCCUGAACACUGAGUCAAGCUAUGGGGAGGACCUGAGGAUCAUCAAGGAGGAGUUCUACUGCCCCAUGCAGAGCGCCGGGCUGCUGAACUCAGAACAGCUGACAGUGGUGUUCAGCAAUGUUCAGGAGCUCAUAGACGUCAACGAACGCUUCACUGAACACCUGCAGGACAGCAUCGACCAGGCCUUCGACCAGGUGAGUCAGAUAGAACCAGGUGACCCUUCAGAAAAACAAAUCACUCACAUGUUAUUCUUUAUCAGUGGUCAUUGAGUAGGUGAUAAGCCUACUUCAGAAAGAACGCCAGUCUCUCAUGUUAUUCUAUAUCAGUGGUCAUUGAGUAGGUGAUAAGCCUACUUCAGAAAGAACGCCAGUCACUCAUGUCAUUCUAUAUCAGUGGUCAUUGAGUAGGUGAUAAGCCUACUUUAGAAAGAACACCAGUCACUCAUGUUAUUCUUUAUCAGUGGUCAUUGAGUAGGUGAUAAGCCUACUUCAGAAAGAACGCCAGUCACUCAUGUUAUUCUAUAUCAGUGGCCUGGUGAUUAGUCAAAAAGCAUAAUUGAUUUUUACUUAACUCAACAUUAGUUUGGUAUAAGUCAUGUUGAAAAAGUGACACAGUGGCUUGUGGUUGCACUUUGGUUAAUCUCUCAUGUUAGCUAGCUAGCUAGUGUACACACGUUUUGGUUCUGAGAUUACACUGUGGUCAUACUAUUGGCCUAUAGAGAUGUUCUAAAUCUAUGUUUAUGCUUGUUCCCUUGCAGGGAGAUGAGGACCUGCUAACAGUGUGCAUUGGAGAGAUGUUCCUGGAGUUUGUCAACAUGCUGCCAGCCUUCCAGACGUACUGCCUGCAGCAGUCCACCUCAGUCAACAUGCUCAACACCCUGGAGAAGGAGAAAGAACUACUGAGGUAAAGACUGUGUAAAGUAACACUUCAAAGAUCAAAUCACAUUUUAUUGGUCCCGUACACAUAUUUUGCAGAUGUUAUCGCAGAUGCAGCAAAAUGCUUGUUUCUAGCUCCAACAGUGCAGUAACACUGAACAAUACAAAAUGAUACACACAAAUUCCCAAAAAAUAAAAUAUGUGAACGAGCAAUGUCCAGAAUAUAAAUAUAUACACUAUAUAUACAAAAGUAUGUGGACACCCCUUCAAUGCCAGGAGAAUGCUACCUGUCCGAAAGCAUAGUGCCAACUGUAAAGAGAUAAUGGUCUGGGGCUGUUUUUCAUGGUUCGGGCUAGGCCCCUUAGUCCCAGUGAAGUGAAAUCUUAAUGCUACAGCAUACACAUGCGCCGAAGACAACAGGUGUAGACCUUACAGUGAAAUGCUUACUUACAAGCCCUUAACCAACAAUGCAGUUUUAAGAAAUUACAUUCUAGAUGAUUCUCUGCUUCCAACUUUGUGGCAACAGUUUGGGGAAGGCCCUUUCCUGUUUCAGCAUGACAAUGCCCCCAUGCACAAAGCGAUGUCCAUACAGAAAGGAUUUGUCAAGAUCGGUGUGGAAGAACUUGACUGGCCUGCACAGAGCCCUGACCUCAACACCAUCGAACACCUUUGGAAUGAAUUGGAAUGCCGACUGUGACUGACUUGUUGGAAAGGUGGCAUCCUAUGACGGUGCCACGUUGAAAGUGACUGAGCUCUUCAGUAAGGCCAUUCUACUGGCAAUGUUUGUCUAUGGAGAUUGCAUGGCUGUGUGCUUGAUUUUAUACACCUGUCAGCAACAGGUGUGGCUGAAGUAGCCGAAGCCACUAAUUUGAAGGGGUGUCCACAUACUUUUGUGUAUAUAGUGUAGAAGCUGUUUUUCAGUCUCUCGGUCUCAGCUUUGAUGCGCCUGUAUAGAUUUGGUAGUUUAUACUGUACGGAUACUUGCAGGAUUUGAUCAACUAUUGUUUUCUGUAUUAUAGUUACAAAUAAGGGAACUUUGGUUUUUAUUUUUCCUUAUUCAAGAUCGAAAUCAAGAGAAAAUGAAUGUGUUGUUUUGGAAAUGUCCACUGACCAGAAUUCUCUUCUGUGCUCUAAGAGCAGAAGAACGGUACCUUGGAACCCUAAGUUCCCACCACGCUGUGGUAUUCUUAAUGGAAGAGACAGAAGGUUAUCAUUCAUUCAUAACUGGACCUAUUCUGAGAACAGUGCUGAAGUCAUUAUUAUUUUUAGACCCAGGCAACUACAUCACAUCUCUGCCAUAAUGACUCAGCCUGUAUUGUCUUGUGAUUCCCACUGCUCUCAACUUUACAAUUAGGUCUGAGACUCUCUUGUCUACGAUCACAAUUAAACAGUAUGUUAAUAUCACUGUCUCUUUCCUUAUCUCUCUUUCACUAUCUCUCUCCCUCCCUCCCUCCAUCCAUCUCUCUCUCUCUCUCUCUCUCUCUCUCAUCUCCCUCCUUCUCUCAGGAUCUUCCUGGACGUGUCCCAGAAUGACAACACAGCCCUGCGGCGUAUGAACCUACGCUCCUUCCUCAUGGCCCCCCUCCAGAGGGUCACCAAGUACCCCCUCCUGCUGAGCCGCAUCAGCAAGGCCACCAUGGAGUGCCACCCUGACCAUGGCCGUCUCCGAGAGGCCAAGAGCCGCGUGGAGUCUCACCUAGAGCACAUCAACAUGAAGACCAAGCAGGAAGGAACCCUGACCUGGACUCUGCGUUCCUUCCGCCGCGACAGCCGCAAGAACCGUGAGGUCAUCAACAUCGAGAUGCGGGAGAUGUCUAUGAAGACUGUGGGCUGGGCCAGGGAGAACACACGCUUCAUCAUGGAGGGGCCCCUGCAGCUCUCCCAGCCUGCAGACGGACAGUGGGUAAAGAAGGGCAGUAAAGGCCUCAAGUUCCAGAACGUCCAGAGUCUGUUGAUGGUGCGUACUCAGCGGCCUGGUGAGGGGCUGUCUCAGACAGACGGCGAGGCCAAGGUGGAGCAGCAGGAGUACGGCGUGUGGGACGGUGUGCUGGUGCUCAUCAAAGACAAGAGCAGUGGGAAGUUCACCGUGCUCAGAGAGCCCAUCCGCCUGGCCAACUGUGUGGUGUCGGCCGACCCUGAAUGCGAGGACACCUUUGAGGUGCUGGACAUACGUAAGGAGGCCUUUGUUUUCAGGGCCUCAGACAAACCCCGCACGCAGCAGUGGUUCCGGCAAAUCAAGAGGUAUACCCGUGACCUGGGGCUGUGGAGGAAGAGGCGUAAUGCGCUCCCCAAUAUUAUGAUGAACACAAACCAGGGCAGGUCCUGAGACUGAGCCCUGAGGAACACCUUUUCCCUGGCUGGAUACCAGUGUAAAUAGAUGUACGACUACUGCAAAAAGAACUGACCAUGGUUCUGGAUGGUGAACCGAUUUGUUUCUGAAGUUUUAAGGUGGGGUUUGUCUGAGGCUUGUGAGGUUCCAUGUUAUGAUGAGGAUAGCACUUUUUUCUAAGAAAAACUGCAAGUGCACCAUACUGUAACGAAACGUAUGAAGGUAUAGUUUUUAGCUUCUGUCUAAAAAUGAUCAGCCACUUGGAUGACCAAAAAGGUGACUUGGUUGGGAACACUGCUGUUUUCUCUUGAAGAAAGAUAUGUUUUCAGUAUACUGACUGACUGGUGUCUGUGUUGAAAAGCAUGGUUGAAGUUGAUGAUUGAAAAAACAUGACUGAAAAAGAUGACUCUGUAAUGUUAAUAAAAAUGCACAAAUGAGUGAAAAACUACUGUUAAAUUAUACAAUGGGGACUUGGCCUACAGCUUAGUAAAAAAAGACUUGAACUUUUUAUUUUGUUUUACCUGACCAAGGUAAGUCAAAAGCACUGGCCUCUUCCCACUUUAUUUUGCCCUUUGUGUCAGUAGCAAUGUCCACUGCCAGGAGAGAAGAUCAGAGAUAUGGCAUCCAUAGUAGGAACUCCGUUAGUGACUUCCUACUAUGGAUGCCGUGCAGACAGUGACUGUCAGACAGAUUGAACCCAGGGUGGUGGACAUACUUGUAUCAGAGGAGGCUGGUUGGAGGAGCUAUAGGAAGACGGGC